CCACCAAGCCCCCUAUUAGUCACCUGUCGCAAGCGGCUGAUGACAGCCUCUGAUGCUCCUCAAGAGGCAUGCAUCAUCUCAUCAACUCACAGAACCUUUCAUCUGACCUGUCACUACCGGUCACUUGAUAGUCUGACAUUUUGAGCCUCCAAGUGGUAUAAAUUCUGGGGCUCCUUCCAACACCUCUCCUUGUCCAGAACCCACAAUCAUGUCAAAAAUGGCAGAAGUCGCAGAUUCCAAGGAACUUCCUCUUGUCAAAGGCGAUUACCGUCCCGCAGGACCCGACGAGCUACGAGCUCCGUGCCCCGUUCUCAACUCUCUCGCAAACCACGGGAUCAUCGCACGCAAUGGCCGCAACAUCACCGCCGCAGAGUUAAAAGCCGCUCUACGCUACCUGGGAAUGGGUAUCGAUGUCACCGCAAUACUCGUCAACGGCGCGUUCAAGGUUCACUCUGAUGACCCGAAGAAAGGGGCCCGGCUUGGACUACGAGAUAAAGACCAAGUCAACGAAGACGGCGUACCCGUGCUGAACCUCGACCAGGUCGGCCGACCUCACGCCGUGGAGCACGAUGUCUCUAUAACCCGACAGGACCGCGCCCUGGGCGACUGCAUGCAUGUGGAUCCAGACCUUCUGGAGCGAUUCCUCGCUGCUCCAAAAACAGAGAGGGGUUUCAGCGCGUCGGCUUUCGGUAAGUAUCGCAAGGCUCGACACGACGAGCAGAAAAGAGACAACCCGGCCUUGGAGUUCAAUAGGAUCAACCACUUCAGUGGAUGUGCGGAGCUGGGAGCGGUUCAGUGUAUAUUUGGUCGGGGCUUCCCGUAUCGUGUACCGGAGGAGUACAUACAAGUGCUGUUUGGUGAGGAGCGUUUACCCAUCGAGGAGGGAUGGAAGCCAAGACGAUUACCGCUGUUGUUGCCCGAGCUUGCGCCGGUGAUUCUGAGGAUUUCACAUUUUGCGUCGCCUUUUUGAGGUUACUAUUGAUUAGAAUAAGCGGUUUGCAAGAUUGAGCAUCUGAGCGUAGUUAUGCUGCGUAGCGCUUGGUCGUAUCGUGCAAUGAAGAUUUAGCCUUUGCAGUCUGUUGCAUCAAUGAAUCCAGCCGCUAAUAGAUUUAAUUCCCGGGAGUUUUUCCUUUUUCCCGUCAGACAUGUC